AAACAAAGCAGAAAAAAAUCAACGCAGCAGAAGAAAAAGGAAACAAACGAGAGAGAUGAGAGAGAGUAGAAAAAAAAAGAAGGGAAAACGAGUUCACUCUCUGAGUCGAUUCACCGAAUCUAAAGGGAAAACGAGUUCACUCUCUUUGAGAUUUGUUUUUUUUGUUUUUUUUUGUUUUUUUUGGUAUUUCUAUUUUUUGUAUGCGAGUGUGUGUGUGUGUGGGUUUGGUGUUGAAAUAGCAAAAAAAAAAAUGGUGAAGGAAGAGAUAAUUAGUCUCUCACCUCCUCCUCCUCCUCCUCUUUACUACUUCUACUUGUCUUCUCUUCACGCUUUCUUAAUUCUUCUUAUUCCCAAUUCUUCCCCUAACCCUAAUUCUCCCUUGCUUCAAUUCUCGAUUUUUCCCUCUUUUCUGGUUUCUUCUUACUUUCAUCAUCAUCAUCCUCUUCUCUACUCUCCCAAUUCGUCUCUCCUUAGCAAUCUUCAAGUUCUGGAUCCGACGAGAGAGAUCGUGGCCUCCUCCUUUAGUAUUGUUGGAGCUUUGGGGUUUCUCUAUUCAUCAGUUAAUCUUGCACAGCGAUAAGAGUUUUUUUUAUAUGCUUACAAAUGAUCUACAAUGGAAGACAAUGGUGGUGCUUAUUGUGAUGGUAUGAGGAAUAAUAAUACUGUGAGGAAGAAACGUAGCUUGACUUGUCGUCGUCCUCGUCCCGAGGGAUCAAAUCUUUUGACACCUUCAGAUCAUUUCAGCAACAUCUCUAGUGAUGAUAUACCGGCUUUUGAUACCAACCCUAGAAGGAAAGAGUUUAGUCUUAGCCAUUGUAUAUCACGUGCUGAAUCUAUAGCUGUUUCUGAAAGAGGAAACAAUGAUUCUCGGCGAAGAGAGAUCAUCAACAGAAACAAACGUUCGACUGAAGGUCUACUCGCUCCUGCAAGCUGGAAAAACGCUAGCCGGGAAGAUGAAGAAGGUAAAGAUGCGAUCAAUGGAAAGGGAACUGAUUCGGGUGGGUUAGAGCGAGAAACUAAGAGAAUGAAGCUUAAGAUCGGUGGUGUGAGUCGGCUGGUUCAUGCUAAUGGUUCUUCAUCUAGAAAGUCUUCAAAACCACUCAAUGAUGAUACUACUACUCGGCUUAACCAUGAUUUGCAGGAAAGUUCUGAAGAUUGUGAUUCCCCUCUAGAUAAGAAGGCUGAUCUUGAGGGAGUUACUUGGGAUGCUGAGAUAGACGGAUCUAUGACGGGGAAGAGAAAACAAGGGGAGCCAACAGGCUCGGUUCGCAAGAGCAAACGAGCACCAAAAAAACGAGUUUUUGAUAGCGAUGAUGACAAUGAUGACGAGAUCAGGUAUUUGGAAAAGCUGAAAUAUAAGAGAGUUUCUGUGUGUAACGACGAUACUGAGUCAGGAUCAGGAAGGAAGCAAUUGAAGCCAUCUGGGAUUACAAAUGGGGAAAAUUCGGGCAAGAAGAAAACUGUGUCUGAACAGGCGUCCGAAGACAUGGAUUGUGCGGAGGAACUUGAAGCGGUGUCUGAUGAAAAAGAGAUUGGUAAUAAUGACAGUAAGAGGGAAUCAACUUUGACUAGUCGUCAGCGAGCCCUUGCUUCUGGCAAAUCAAGCGCGAUUGAUUUUUCAGAUGGAUUACCUCCUACAUCGAGAAGGAAAAAGGAGACUCUUUCAGAAAUGGAGCAGCAAUUGAAGAAGGCAGAAGCUGCUCAAAGGCGAAAAGUUCAGAUUGAGAAGGCUGCAAGAGAGUCUGAGGCAGAGGCCAUUAAAAAAAUUCUAGGUCAAGAUUCGAGCAGGAAGAAGCGUGGAGACAAAAUCAAGAAACGACUCGAUGAGUUGGCUCAGGAGAAGGCUGCACAAGAGGAGAAAGCCUCAACUUGUUACAUCAGAACAAUAAUGGGUCCUAAUGGAACCACUGUUUCAUUUCCAAUUGACAAAGUGCCUAGCCUGUUCGAACCCAAACCAUCAGGGUAUCCUCCUCCGCGGGAAAAUUGCGCAGGUCCAUCAUGCACCAAUCCUUACAAGUAUCGCGAUUCGAAGACUAAACUUCCUCUAUGCAGCCUCAAAUGCUACAAGGCGGUUCAGGAACAACAGCAGAUUGCCCCGGCUUAGAUAUAUUGAUUGAAAUUUUUUUGAUCGAAAGGAGAAGUGCUUAGCUUCCUGAUUAUAUACUACAGAAGACUAAUUGUUUAGUUUUUUUUUUUAACUUUGCUUUCAGACUUCUCUGAUCAUCAUUUGGGACUAGAUUUUUUUUUCCUUUGUGACGAGAUCGUGGCCGUCCAUUGGCUUUACCAAACCAUCACAUCAUAGCCGUUCACAUAUACAAAUCUCCAACGGCUAUCUCCGUUUUAAAUAGAGAUAAAAUACGAUUUGUUUUUUUUAAAAGACAUCAUGAUACGAAAUGCUCAAUUAUUGAAAGCAAGUGAAGGCAUCAUGGA